CCACGAUGUUUGGACUGACGUUUAUCUGAUGAGCAGUAACCUUCUUUAUGACCAAUGCGAUGACAUUGGCGGCAUUUGUGGUUCUUAAAUGGGCAUAACUUCACAAAGUGCCAUGAUCCGCAGGACCAACAUGGUGAUGGUGGUUUACCAGAAGGUUUCUGUGUGUUCGCCGUCUUUUGUUUGGAAGGUUUGUAAGAUCUGCAUGCAUUUAUUGAAGCAAGAUUGGAAGUCUUUGCAUUUUGCUGUACCAUCGUGGAAUCAUGUUUAAGAUUUAACAACCG